GAGGACAAUUUACUAACUCCCAGUACUGUGGAAGGCUAUUCUCCAAUAAGAUUAACCCCCUAACUGACGUGUGUGAAUGCAUGUCAUAUGAGAAUAUCCAUCUAAGUGAUUUUGUUCUGCACAAGUUAAGUGUUUAGAUCACAUUGCUGCAGUGUCCUAGUUGUCCACACAAACCUUACAUGGUGAGAAUAUGUCCUGUUGGGAAUAUACUUAGAAUUUUUUGAACAGUUGGGACCACAUAAAUAAAACCGCUAUUUAUUGAGAUAGGGUCACUCUAACAAUCCCUCAUUAUUAGCAGUAAUCACAAGUGUUUUAGAAUGGUAUCCACUUAAGGUAUUUAUACAUGAAUUACUGAUUUUGAUCACUUUAUUCUGUGAUUAAUAGUGGAAUCCUCAAUUUAAUUAUCCCAACAGCAAGCCAUAAUAUCCCAAGGAGGGGAGCGCACAAUUUAUGUAUACAAUCCUAUAGGUCAAUAUUGACAAUAAGCACAAUGAUAUAGUUGUAUGAUUAUUACAAGAAAGAAUUAUCUAGCUGACUGAUUAUAUUAGAGACUAGUGUGUGUUCUGAUUAUAUUUUUUAUUUUUUCUUCUGCACUAUUCACUAUUUCACAUAUUCUUUUUGAAUACUUCGCCAGCUAUCCACUAUUAGUAUUUUAAACCAAUUACAAUAAAGGUUAUGUUUUAUAGGAAGUUGUCCUAUACCUAGAUUCAGAUUUGUCAUUACAGUAAGUUACAGAUGAGUGCCCCAAUGUGGAAUACUUUUUCUUUUUGUGUUUUAUUAUGAUGAAUUUAUUCCAGGGAGCACCCCCAAAUUAAUGGUUAAUACCAAGAAUUUUCUCUGAGAAUUGUCUUCAAAUAUAAACAAUGGGAAGUAACUGACUGACAUGAAUAUAUGACCUAUAUGAUCUGUGCGGAUUUUUCUCUUGUUUCAGAACCUAUGUGUAGUUUCACAACAGCUGGAGGUCCGCAGUUUGGACAUGCCUGCCCUGAGAUGUUUUGCAAUCACUUGUACUGUGGAGGUCUUUAUCCAAAGAGGAGGAGCAGGUGGUGUACAAAAUAUGGACCAGAUGCCUUUCCUACACAAAUCUCCAGCUACAACUAUUAAAAUGAAAGAUGGAUAAUUGUCCAUUUAGUACCUACUUCUACUCACCACCUGGAUGAAUGGACAAAAUACUGCAACAUACAAGUUCCUGUAUGCUUCAAGGCAUCAACCACAGAUGGAUCAUUAACGUGUCACGAGGAAGGAAUUCACACUCCAGACAUACUUCGGGGUUCCUAAUAGGAAAAGUCUCAACCGCUAAAGGCUUCAUUCUUCAACUGCUAACUGAUCUCCAUGAAAUCUCCACAUCAAGCAAUGAUGUUGAAAUCUAUGAGCAGCAGGAAUUAGGUGAUGUGGGUAUCCAGCACCAUAUCCUCAGCAUAUCCUCCGCUUUCAAACAUAUGGCUGUAUCUGUCCAGCAGCUUCAUAUAUCCCAGUCCUCCUACCUCACACAUCAGCUAGUUGGUGAAGUAAAGAAACUGGGGAGCAGUGUGACAUUUCUGCUCCAUGGUUGUGAAUGUGACAUUACAUCAAUGUUGAAAAAGUCAAAGAAACAGAUAAACCAAUCUAUCGCAGUCAUUGCUGGUUUUCUGGGCCAAAUCUCCAUUACUAGGCAACCUAACUUCAUUCAGCCUCUGGAAGAACAAUGUGGCUUGGAGCAGGCAGAGAUGCAAUUCCAAUCCAGUAAGAACCAAAACCCAAACUACUCCCAGGAUCUCUCGCUCCAUGAGUUAUACAAAAGGUUCGCCUGCCACCUCAGCAGCAUUGUUUUGGCAUGGAAGGACAUCACAGCUAAAAGUAUACAAUAUAUGACAGAUGGAGCAAUGGACUUUGUAACAAUGAAGCAAGACGUGGAGAGGUUUUUCAACAGUACCUCUCUAUCGGCCAAAGCAUUUUCCUCUCUGUGCAGUGAGACUGCUGGUCACCAUUGUGGUUGUAACCUCUAAGCAGUGACCAAAGAUAUUGAGGCAGCUGUCACAGACCUGCAUACUUCUGCAAAAGAUUUAUUACAGCUAAUUAAGGUGCUGGGAGAGGUUAAUGGUCUAAAUUCCGGGAUUUUACUCUCUACCAACAAUAGACCGUUGCCUGAGGUCCUCAGACCUGACCGCGACUUCCACAUAUGGGGGAGAAGCAGAGACUCAGUCAGAGCAGCUCUAACCAAGUGGGAAAACAAGGGCUAUGAAAGAAAAAAUCUAUAAUUUGUCAAAAUGAUUGAACACUUCAUAUUUUGAAAGAUUUGUAUCUACAUAGAAGAACCCUGUUGCAUUAAAGUAUUUAAGAUGUAUGCAGUUUAUUAUGGAUCUUCUCCCAUAUCCUAUUUAUACUCCCAAAAAAUAAAUGUACCAAAUAUUUGAUGUUUAAGCAUUAUAUUAAAAAUAAACCUGCAUAUGAUUAAA